AUGUUUCACCUGCCGGUUAGUAUACUGAUUUAUUUUUCUUUGAUAUGGGCAAUGGAACCCAGUUUUGUAAGAGGCAAGAAUGUUGUCAGCUUAAUUACUUUCAAAGACUCAAACGGCAAAUUGCACAAACGGAUAGCACCAGAAGAAAUACCUCCCCGGGAACAUGGUUCUCAAGCAAACCCUAAUGCGUUAGGGUAUAUGGGAGUGCGCGACUUUUCAAGGCCAGCAGUGAAUUUAGACAAUAUUUUAGAGACACAACAAAGAAAGCAGCAAAAGUUUUCAGCUGAAUUAUCUCCUUUAUCCUUAGAAUCAAAGUUGUCAUUAGUGAAGGAAGUCCAAAUUUUUGCAGGCUAUGUGAGAAAUGAUGUGGAAACCUACAACAAAAUAAGUGACCCCAAUGAAGAUUUGAUUGUUAUUGCGCCAACAAACGGGGCUAUCUCUCAGCUUACUUCGAAACCAUGGCAGUUUCCGAACAACAUUGAUAAGCUUGAAAGUGAAGGUGCCACCGAGAAGGAGCUCGAUAUGGCAAUUCAAGAGAAUAUUUCCAAGUUCGUGAGAUCUCACAUCGUGGUGUACAAUGAAGAUAAAAAUUCCUACAAGAGAGUCGGUCCGGGAUGUACGCUAUUGCAGAGUAUCGACUUCACAGAAGGCAAAAGAAGCGAUUCAGAACUUGAUGGAGAUAUUUUACUCAAAAAAGAAGGAGAGGUAUAUUAUGUGGCUUCUACUAAGGACAAGAAGUUUCAUGCCGUCGAGAGCAUCGAAAGUGGAAGCAAUGGUAUUAUUUUAACGGUCGACUUCCCUCUGGUCUGGCCUUAG